GAGAGUUCAUUUUGAAGUUGAAGUGACAGUUUCAAAUCAAAAUGCCAUUUUAUGCUGUCGUUUCUGGAAAAAAUCCAGGAAUUUAUACCAAUUGGGAUGAUUGUAGAGAACAAAUCACAAACUAUCCAGGAGCUUGGUACAAAAAAUUCAAGACAGAACAUGAAGCUGACAAAUGUAUGAAAAGUAAGGACAUAGCGUUGCGGUCCAGUGGUCUAGCUGCUUAUACGCCUCAGAAGAUUGCAGACUACAGUGUGCCAAUCUGGGCAUCGCGCAACACUGCCAAGUAUUCUUCUCCUGAUACGUUUUCUGUGAAUUUAAGAACGAACAAAACUGAAGAGAAAUAUGAUAAAAAAAAGAGGUGUUAUGACAAAUGUCCGGAUUACUACACUGUUAAGGUACCAGGAUUAUAUGAUAGGAUGAAUUAUAUAGAGAAAAAUGCUACUUCAUUAUACACAAGUCCUUUGGCCAGAAACAUGGAGCAAAAAUAUGAAACAGGUCAGAUGUAUGCAAGCAUGCCACCUUACUUUGAUUAUUGGGGAAAUACCAGUAAUCCCAUGCCUUAUACGUUUGAUAGCAACUGGCUUCAUGCAAUACACACAAAUCAAAUUUAUGUUCCACCUCUCAUUGAAGAUUACGAGGGGUUCAUUGAUGUCUACAUUGACGGGGCAGUCUCACGUAAAAGAGGGGUCAAGCCUAGAGGAGGGAUCGGAGUAUGGUUCAACCAUGAACAUCCGUUGAACGUAACCGCCCCAAUAGAAGGCGUUGUGUCACCAAUAAACGCAGAAAUACAAGCAGCAACUAGAGCGAUUCAACAGGCUGCAGCAGCAGGAUUAACAAGAUUGAACAUCCAUACUGACUCUUUAUAUUUGGUCAAAUCAAUAACUGAAUGGAUAAAGAUGUGGAAAAGAAACCACUGGCAAACCAAUACUGGGAAAACAGUCAAGUACAGAGGGGCCCUUGAAAGACUUUCUCACAUCAAAGGCUGUAUGGAAGCUGUGAGAUGGAUACACAUUAAGAGCCACCAAGGGAAUGAAGGCAAUGAGUGUGCAGAUACUUUGGCCCGAAACGGUGUAAAUAUCCAUGGGAUAAACAAAUACAGCGCCUAUUCUGUUUAAUGGAGUCACUAAAAAAAAAAAAAAAAAAACUAUCAGCAUUAUACAUUUUUCUGUUAAGAAAUAAGUAUUACCAUUGUUGUUAAAAUUAAUAAUUGCAUUUACUGAUACACUGCUGCAUACAAUACUGAUGCAUAAUUUAUGUUGAGUUGAAACUGAAGGUAUCCCUACCCUUUAUUUUUUAAUAAAAUGUAAUUUUUGCUCAACUUGAUUUAUUUGCUUUAUAAUUAAAGAGAAAAAUUGCAUAACCUGUAUAUCUCGUAUAUAGGGAGUCAAUUGGUGCAAUAAAUGUAUGUUUUUUAAACUUU